AUGGUGAAUGUGCAGUCCUCGGGGUUCUUUAAGUCGACUAGGGGUGUGAAACAAGGGGAUCCCCUAUCUUCAGCAUUGUUCAUUCUGUCAGCUAAGGUACUUUCUAGGUCUUUGAAUAAGCUUUUUGAAGACAAGUCAUUUGUGGGAUUUGGAAUGCCUAAGUGGUAUGAUCCUUUAAACCACUUGGCAUAUGCUGAUGAUACGAUAAUCUUUGCAUCUGCUCAUCCUACCUUUUUUAGCAAGAUUAUGGUAGUGUUGGGGAACUAUGAUAAGAUAUCAGGUCAGAUGAUCAACAAAGAUAAGAGUUCAUACUACAUGCAUUCAAAGGUUGCUAAUGGAUUGUUUCAGGCAAUUGGAGCUAUUACAGGAUUUGCAAGAGUCCUUGAUCCACCAAACAGCAUCCUGGGGCAUCUACAUACUACUUUUUCUAGGUUCAUUUGGAGCAUAAAGGAAGAAGGGAGAAGCAGACACUGGGCUUCAUGGCAAAAUCUUUGCCUUCCUAAAGAAGAAGGGGGGCUAGGUUUUAGGUCCUUAAAUGAUGUCUCUAGGGCACUGUUUGCUAAACUAUGGUGGAGGUUUAGGACCACAAAAUCUUUGUGGUCUAAUUUCAUGUGGAAUAAGUAUUGCAAGACGGAGCUACCAACAGUGGUGCAUUUUAGGGGAGGGUCUCAUGUUUGGAGACAAAUGCUGAAUGCUAGGGAAGAAGUAGAACAUGAGAUCGAGGUGGCAGAACUGCGGCAAGGGGAAGCAUGGGAUGAUCAGCUGCUAGAUCAAACUUUCAAUGAGGAAAUUGCAGAACAUAUACGGCUAAAUGUACACUAUUAA